CUGCAGCUCUCUCUGACAAGCAUGGCAGCUCGGAGGAGCCGAGCCGUGCUGCGGUUCUGCGCCGCAGUUGUUUUACUUGAUAUGGCUUUCAGUAAAGGAUUUGUAGAAGAUCUAGAUGAAUCGUUUAAAGAAAAUCGAAAAGAUGACAUUUGGCUUGUAGAUUUUUAUGCACCAUGGUGUGGCCAUUGUAAAAAACUGGAACCGAUUUGGAAUGAAGUUGGUGUUGAGAUGAAAAGCAUUGGUUCUCCAGUUAAAGUUGGAAAGAUGGAUGCUACUUCCUAUUCCAGCAUUGCUUCAGAGUUUGGAGUUCGAGGUUAUCCAACAAUUAAGCUAUUAAAGGGGGACUUGGCAUAUAAUUACAGAGGACCACGAACUAAAGAUGAUAUUAUUGAGUUUGCUCACAGAGUAUCUGGGGCUCUAAUUCGGCCACUUCCAAGUCAGCAAAUGUUUGAACAUAUGCGGAAGAGACAUCGUGUAUUUUUUGUUUAUAUAGGUGGAGAAUCACCUUUGAAAGAGAAAUAUAUAGAUGCUGCUUCAGAGUUGAUUGUAUAUACAUACUUCUUUUCUGCCUCAGAAGAAGUGGUUCCUGAGGUAGUAUUUAAAAUUGGAUUCUAA